GAAUUAGAAACUGAGAAUGUCAAGCUUUCAGUUCAUCUCUCGAGGUGUGCCUGUCAAAAGGAGUUUGUGUUGGAUUUUGGGCUUCUGUGUGCUAUGAUUAUGAUACAUAGUUUUCUUGUGCAAAAUUUGGGGAGUGGUCAAACUAGUGCUUUGGACUGCACUCACUCGGUAUUGGAAACAAAGGGGCAAAGAAUUGAUGAAAAUGAUAUUAGAAACAGAUCAGAGGAGCAGAUAUACGUAAAGGAGCUAAUGUUUUGCAUCAUUCCCCUAAGGCGGCUCAUUGCUAUAAAGGUUAUGUAUUUUGGUCAGAGAUUUUAUGGUUUUGCCUCGGAGGCACAGAUGGACUCCACAAUAGAGUUGGAAGUAUUUAAGGCUCUCGAGAAGACAAGGUUAAUAUCGGGUGAUAAGAAGGAACUAAAUUACUCUAGAUGUGGCAGAACGGACAAGGGAGUUUCCUCUGUUGGCCAAGUAAUCUCUCUAUUUCUGCGAUCGAAUGGCAAGCAAACAACAUGGAGCAGUAGAUAUUCUGUACAAUCGUCCGCUGAGGAAUCUUAUGGUGUGCUAUUACUUCUUAUGAUAUUUUUUUUACAUUUCUGUCAAAUCUGUAUAUCUCAUGAAUUUAUUGAAUAUCUUUGCAGGUUCAGUUGUUUAAGCAGGGAAUACAAGUACUUCUUUUGGAGAGAAAAUUUAAACAUUACAUUAAUGGAGAUUGCAGGAAUGAAAUUCAUUGGUGAACAUGAUUUCAGAAACUUUUGUAAGAUGGAUGCGGCUAAUGUCCACAACUAUAGGCGGCAAAUCACAUCAUUUGAAAUUAUACCAUGCAGUGAAAGGUUUGAAGAUGACGAACUUUGGGCAUUGAAAUUCAAAGGCAGCGCUUUUCUAUGGCACCACAUCCGAUGCAUGGCUGCUGUACUAUUUUUGAUUAGCAAAGGUCUCGAAUCUCCAGAUGUGAGCUACUGGGAUAUUGAAAGGACACCUAUAAAACCUAAAUACAGAAUGGCCCCUGAGAUUCCACUGGUUCUAAGGUCUUGCGAAUUUGAAGGUCUCGAGUUUAAAUGUUCAUCAGAUGCUGCCCAAGCUCUUCGGGCUCACUUGGAGAAGGAAUGCCCAAGUUAUAAACUUCAAGCGGCAAUCUUUCACGAAGCCCUGCUAAGUUCUUCUUGUGCCUCGUAUG